AUGGACAGAUCCGAGCGGGUGUUCUUUGACAGGCCCCAUGGUCCCUUCCACCACAGCUCCCUGGACUCCUUCCACCACAACUCCCUGGACUCCUUCCACCACAGCUCCCUGGUCCCCUUCCACCACAGCUCCCUGGUCCCCUUCCACCACAGCUCCCUGGUCCCCUUCCACCACAGCUCCCUGGACCCCUUCCACCACAGCUCCCUGGACCCCUUCCACCACAGCUCCCUGGACCCCUUCCACCACAGCUCCCUGGACCCCUUCCACCACAGCUCCCUGGACCCCUUCCACCACAGCUCCCUGGUCCCCUUCCACCACAGCUCCAUGCUCCAUGGUCCCUUCCACCACAGCUCCCUGGACUCCUUCCACCACAGCUCCCUGCCCUCCUUCCACCACAGCUCCUUGGCCCCCUUCCACCACAGCUCCCUGGACUCCUUCCACCACAGCUCCCUGGACCCCUUCCACCACAGCUCCCUGGACCCCUUCCACCACAGCUCCCUGGACUCCUUCCACCACAGCUCCCUGGACUCCUUCCACCACAGCUCCCUGGACUCCCACCACAGCUCCCUGGACUCCCACCACAGCUCCCUGGACUCCUACCACAGCUCCUUGGCCCCCUUCCACCACAGCUCCCUGGACCCCUUCCACCACAACACCCUGGACUCCUUCCACCACAGCUCCCUGGACUCCUUCCACCACAGCUCCAUGCUCCAUGGUCCCUUCCACCACAGCUCCCUGGACCCCUUCCACCACAGCUCCCUGGACUCCUUCCACCACAGCUCCCUGGACUCCUUCCACCACAGCUCCCUGGACUCCCACCACAGCUCCCUGGACUCCCACCACAGCUCCCUGGACUCCUACCACAGCUCCUUGGCCCCCUUCCACCACAGCUCCCUGGACCCCUUCCACCACAACACCCUGGACUCCUUCCACCACAGCUCCCUGGACUCCUUCCACCACAGCUCCAUGGUCCCUUCCACCACAGCUCCAUGGUCCCUUCCACCACAGCUCCAUGGUCCCUUCCACCACAGCUCCAUGGUCCCUUCCACCUCUGUCUCUUCCACCCUGGAUGCCUAA